AUGGUCAACGAAAAGAAGGAAAGUUCAAAAGCAGACGGGAACUCCGCUGAACCUAGCCAACCUAGAGACACGUGGCAGUUGCGGGUAGACGGAGCGUCAAACCAAAAAGAAGCUGGAGCGGGUGUCGUCAUCAUAACUCCGGAUGGAACGUUGUUGGAGCAAGCUAUCACACUUGGCUUCCAGGCCUCAAACAUUGAGGCAGAAUACGAGGCAUUGCUCGCUGGCCUGCGCUUGGCAAAGGAACUUGCAAUCAAGAAGCUAGCCAUCUACUCAGAUUCCUAG